ACCAUGGUCGAGGGGACGCUGCCCCCAGGCGGCGCCGUGCGCUCCGUCGCCUACCCCGACUCCGCUGCCGAAUUCCCCCCGCACCUCCAGGCUGGCGCGAUGCGGCGCCGCUUCUGGGGCGUGUUCAACUGCCUGUGCGCCGGCGCGUUCGGGGCCCUGGCCGCCGCCUCCGCCAAGCUGGCCUUCGGCAGCGAGGUGAACAUGGGCGUAUGCAUCUUAGGCAUUAUUGUGAUGGCGACCGCCAAUUCUCUGAUGUGGACGUUCUUUAGCCGGGGCCUCAGUUUCUCCAUGUCCUCAGCCGUUGCAUCUGUCACAGUGACUUUUUCAAACAUCCUCAGCUCGGCCUUCCUGGGCUUUGUGUUGUAUGGAGAGUACCAGGAGGUCUUGUGGUGGGGAGGAGUGUUCCUCAUCCUCUGCGGACUCACCCUCAUCCACAGGAAGCUCCCACCAACCGGGAAGGCCCUUCCACACAAGCAGCAGUAGCAUCACUUGGUUGGAUGGACCAGCUGGAAAGACAAUAAUGGCCGCUCAGGCUUGGGUUGGUGUGUGGGGACUGCUUAUACCCAGGUGUUCUGGGUGAGCAGCCUUCCGACCAUCAGCCAAAGGGAGAUGCUCCCAAGGGAAGCAGGCCUCUGACUGAGCAGGCUUGUGGGUGGAUAGCUCUGGCUUCUGUAAGAGGAAGUACACCCGCAGCAGUGGUCUGCCUGAAGAGUUCUCAAUACAUCUGCUUGGUACUUUUGAUUCUCACGCUUCCAGGACACCCAGGGAGCCUUGGCAAGUGCUGGAGACCCUGGGGUUGGUCUGCUUCAUGUGUGGACUUGAAACCACUCUGUAAUUGUAGUCCUUUUGUCUAACAAGCCAGUCACGUGACAUCGGAAUCAAUGACUGGUGGGGCUUUCUGGCAACUUCACGCUGAUAUAUCAGGCCAUCUGUGUCAUGCUUUUGUAUUAUGGCAAGAGAAGGAAAACUGGAUUAAUAAAUACUUUUUUGCAAGUUAAAACUAC